UUACAUUUUUACCCUUAAUAUUACUUCAACAGCACGUGCAUCGUUUACUUGAAAAUUUUCACCAUCUCCAUUUCUUAUUUUUAGAUAAUUGCAUUGGUAGCAAAGAGAGGGAGGACGAGAGAGAGAGAGAGAGAGAGGAGAAAAGUCUUGGAGGAGCAAUGGCAGCAGCCGGCAGGAAAGUUUCAGCGGCAUCAGCGAGGUCUCACACCAGAAACAAAAUGUCCAAACGACCCUCCUCCUCCUCUUCUCCUGCUAUCUUAAAGAAUUUAUCAGCAAUUUUGUUGGUGGGUUUAGCAGCAUGGACCUACCGUUCGAUUCAGCCUCCACCACCUAAGAUCUGUGGAUCGCCAGAAGGUCCACCAGUUACUGCAUCUCGGAUUAAGCUUAAGGAUGGAAGGCACUUAGCGUACUUAGAAUCUGGUGUCCCAAAAGAAAAGGCUAAUUAUAAGAUCAUCUACGUUCAUGGAUUCUACUCUUGCCGCCACGAUACCCUUCCUAUAUCUCAGCAAGUGCUUGAAGAACUGGGAAUCUAUUUGGUAUCUUUUGAUAGAGCAGGGUAUGGAGAGAGUGAUCCCGAUGAGAAGAAGACUGAGAAGAGUACACCUUUGGAUAUUGAAGAACUUGCUGAUCAGUUGGGGUUCGGGUCUAAAUUCUAUGUGAUCGGGUUUUCAAUGGGAGGAGAGGUUAUUUGGGGUUGCCUGAAAUACAUCCCUCACAGGCUUGCAGGCGCAGCACUUCUUGCGCCAGUUGCCAAUGUAUCAAAAGCGGCCUGGGACGAGCAACUCUUACCCGAUCAAUGGGCUGUCCGAGUUGCUCACCAUCUUCCUUGGUUGACUUACUGGUGGAAUACCCAAAAAUGGUUUCCGGCUUCUAGUGUUAUCGCUGUGCGUCCUGAACUUUUCUCUCCUGGGGACCUGAAAGUUUUAUCCAAGUUUAUAAGUAGACCUCACUAUCAGGAUCAGAUAUUGCAACAAGGAGAGUAUAACUCCCUGCACCGCGACAUGAUGGUGGGUUUCGGGCACUGGGAGUUUGACCCAACGGAUCUUGAGAACCCGUUUCCAAAUGGCGAAGGUUCAGUUCAUUUGUGGCACGGUGCAGAAGACCGAAUAGUAUCAGUCAUCACGUCACGGUAUCUAAGCCAAAAACUCCCUUGGGUUCGAUAUCACGAGUUGCAGGAUGCUGGGCAUAUGUUUCCUCUUGCAGAUGGGAUGGCUGAUUCCAUGGUGCAGUCUCUUUUGCUUGGGGAUGACAAAUAGAGGGAGUUUAGAAGUAGGUGAAAGCAAAUAUGUCACUUGUUUUUUUUAUCACUUUAUAGGUGUUUUGUGUCAGAUUCAUUUCUUUUUCUUUCCUUUGAUAGAAAAAAGAACAUUAUGAUUUGUAUUCACAACAUUUCCUUAAGUAAGAAUACGACCCGCUGUCUUAUUUA